AUGAGCGAGUUCGACAACGGCGUGCCGUCGCCGCUCUUUUCGUCGCCGUCGAAGCGAGGAACUCACCACACCCCCACGCCCUUCACGACAACCGAAACACGGUUCAAGUGGCAGAAUUCCAAUGCCAACACUGAUGCGCUGUACAAACUCCCGGGAACUUUGGGGGGCAAUUCCAAGAGCUUUGGCACGAGUACGCGUGACGAUUGGGACCGGAGAAAGAAGCCCGGCAGCGGGUUGGGGGCGUACGAAGCCCCCAAAUCGUGCGGCAAACAGGUGUCGUCGGUCACUCGAACGGCGUCGGAGCUGUCGUUCAAUGUCGCGCCCCGGACCCCGCUGCGAGACAACGCGACCCCGUCCCCCGGGCCCAUAUAUAACAUGCCUUGUGCGUUUGACAACCGCGUCACGAAUGCGUUUAGCAUGGGAUCAUCCUUGCGCCCCGGACUCCACGGAACUCUCAUUGGGCCAGGGCCCACGACAGCUGAGCCGGGCCCAGGCACACCACCGAAAUACGCGUCGCCUUGCGUGAACUCGACGUUUGGAUCCGAGAAACGUAUGCGGCCGUCGACAGUCGUCAAGACCCCUGGGCCAGUGUACGACGUCGAAUGCACGGGGUUUCAGACUGGACCCAAGUCAUCGUUCAGUGUUUCCCGGCGGUUCUGACAAGAAUCGUAUAACAAACAAAGCCUCUAUCUACAGCAACCCUUCACUUCUUGUUAGUACGCUGCAGUGAUAUUGUCACUGUAAACGUUUG